AUGGUCAAACAUCGUAACAUCUCUGAAUUGUGUAAUGAUUUUAAGAGUUCUGUGAAUAGUAAAUAUGAUUCAACUCAUCAUUACUGGGAAAGUGAAUCAUACUCCAAGGUUUACUUCAAGGAUCCAUACCGUGGUAAAAAAUUUAAAUAUUAUGACUCCAGCAGUGUUUUGAAAUACUUUUUCUUUCACUGGGUAACUAAAUGGGCAUAUUAUGUUUCCAAACAAUAUGUAGAGCCAUAUAAGUUACAUCCACUUCCUGUUGCUGAUCAGGUUCUACGUUGGCAACCAAUUUUUUCAAAACACCUCAGCGAUGGCCUACUUAGUCUGGAGUCAUGUGAAUUUUCCAAAUUUAAGGGCAGUGAUGUAAAACCUGUUAAGUCGGUUCUAAUGCGGGCCUUACUAUUAUCAUUUGGAAAACAAGCUUUGUUUGGUCUACUUGGCAUUCUUGUUACUAAUUUGUUUAGUAUGAGCAUUGCAAUCUUGAUUAAACAUUUACUUGACACAUUGAACACUAAGUCGUUUACUCUCGUGAAAAUAUUUUUGUUUCUAUUUGCUAUAAUAGGUUUACAAAUUCUAGAUGGACUACUAAUCGAGAACUUCACCUAUUAUCUAAACAGAUUAAGGCUUACAUGGGAGUACUCAGUUGCCAUAAGUUUGUUCCAACAUUCAUUCUGUUAUAGACGCAACUUUAAUAACAAUGUAAAUGGAUCAAACUCCUUGAAUGUUUGUAACAGUGUCCUACACAGUUGUUCCCCUGAUUCCAAUUGUUCUAAAAACCCAUUAUACUGUCCUGCAAGAAGAUACCAAAACAAAGAUAUUACUCCACUCAUAUUUACUCUUGUUUACUUUGAUUCAUUUUACAUUGGAAUGUUUUUAGAAUCUUCAGUACCAAUUGUCAACUUCUUGUCAAAUUUCAUUUAUGGAAUAAUAUUAAUUUCAUUACAGAUUAGGGCCAAUUUAUGGGUCUUGUUCUUAGUUGGAAUAUUUUUCACAUUUUUGAUGAUCAUCGUUGAGAUCAUAAAUACUUAUUUGUUAAAUUUCAUUUUUGCCAUAAGAGAUGACAGGAUAAGGCAGUCUGAUGAAAUUAUAUCUGAGUUACCUCUGAUCAAAAAGUUACUUUAUGAUGAUGUUGCCAUUAAUAUUAUUACUAAGACAAGGAAUAGUGAACUAAUGUUAAUUUUGGCAAGAAUGUUCUUAACCAUAUUCAAUAAGUCAUUAUACGUAAUUUGUACAAACUUAUCAUUCUAUGUCUUGAUGAGAUAUUUUGUGAAAUCAGUUAGUGAUGCAGAAGUUAUUACUGAAAUUGAUACUGCUGGCUUCUUGUCUACAUUUUACAUAUUUUUCAGGAUUAUCAAUUCAAUGUUCUUGUUCUCUCAUGGAUUUAGAAAUAUAGCUUGCUCUUACGUAUCAUUUAUUAGGGCUAAGAAAUACGUUCAAGCCUGUUCUCCUAACUUUUACAUUAGUGAUAACAAGUUCACAGGUUCUACAAAGAUGUCAAGCGAAGUUCCAGAUGUAACUAAUGAGAUUGACAAGGAUGUAGUAGUUUUAUAUAAGGAUGCCUCUUUCUCAUGGGUUAACAACAGGAAGGAUUUUGCUAAUAAGAAUAAUGAGGUUUAUUUGAAGAAUGUUAACUUCCAGCUUAAGAGGGGUGAAAUUGCAAUAAUUACAGGUUCUCAAGGUUGUGGUAAAUCUAACUUCAUCAAAUCAGUUCUUGGUGAAAUGACACUGGUCAGUGGUUGUAUGGCUGUAGUUCCUCUCCAUACAUCAAUGCCUAUAUUUUAUGCUUCUGAAUAUAUAUGGCUUCAACAAGGAACCAUUAGAUCAAACAUAACAUUUGGAUAUAGAUUUGAUGAGGAUAUAUAUAACUCAGUCAUCAAGGGGCUUGAACUGGAAUCUGAUAUAUUAUCUUGGGAGAAGGGUGACUUGAGGGUGGUCUCAGAUAAUGCUCAUUCACUCAGUGGUGGUCAGAGAGUUAGGAUUGAAAUGGCCAGAGCAAUCUAUGCCUAUCUUAUAUUUAGUAAAGUUAACAAGGAUUAUAAUAGUCAAUGUUCGUUCUUGAUGUGCCUUGAUGGGCCAUUUAAUGUUUUGGAUCCUUAUGUUUCUAGAACUGUUUUCAACAAUUUGUUCAAUUCUAAGACUGGAUUGCUUGUUAAGGAUGACUUAGCUGUUAUUCUUUCAUCAUCAAUAACUUUGCUUGAUAAAUGUGUCUCAUCAGAAAAAUUAACUGAAUAUCACAAAAUUCCCAUAUACCAGAUUGAUAAUAAAUCACUGUAUUUCCACUCUUAUUUGUCAGAUUUCUUUAGGGAGAAAAAAACACUGAACGGUUUUGAAUAUAUCACACCACCAUCAGGUCCUUAUAAGCUUAACUUCUUCACUAAGGAUUUGAUGAAACUAUGUUAUUCAGUAUCUAACACCAGACUUGGACGUCGUCUUGUUACAAAAUCCAAAUAUGAACGUUCAUUAAACUCCAUUAUUGAAGAAAAUCAUUCUAAAGAUAAAAUUAAUCCAUACCUACUAUAUUUCAAAGCAUCUGGUUUCACUUUAGUCCUUUUUAUUCUAUUAACAAUUUCAUCAAGCGUUAUGGACAAUUCCAAGUUUGUUCUCGCAACCAACCUCUCAGAUUACAUAUCCAAUAAAACCAAAGACUUCAAUAAUGGUCUCUUAGUUGACAUGUCAGAAAUUAAAUCACACACCAAUUCUGCCCUGAAUACAAUACUGGUAAUUGUAUCAGUUAUUAUGUCAUUUUCAUUAGUAUCAAUACUGUUAUUUACUGUAUCUUGUCUAGUGGCAUCAAGAAGAAUUCAUGAAUAUUGUCUCUCUUCAGUGUUUAAGAAUAGUUCAUCAGUAAUCAAAAUCAAGAAACAAAUUAACCAAAUAAUAACAUAUUUUUCAGCUGACAUCUAUUUCAUCGAUGAAUAUGUUGGAGAGAUGAUAUCAUCUGCCUCGUUAUCUUUCAUUCAGACAGCCAUAGCCAUUGGAACCUUAUUCUAUACAAUUCCCCUAUCAGUUCCAUUUAUUUUUGUAUCUUUGAUUAUUGCCUUUGAAUUUAUUGUAUCAAAAUAUGUUAUAGCUUCGAGGAAUCAACAUCUUGGAGAUUUAGAGUCUUUAUCACAUAUUAACACAGCUUGUGAAAAUGCUAUACUGGGAUCACCCAUUUACAGAAGUUUUAAAAAGGAAUGGGAAUUACUUAACGAUCUGAUUGAACCAACAGACUAUAAGUUUAGGUGUAGAUUUUUGGCUUUUACCUUAGCAAGUUGGACUUCAGUUUUGUUCAAUUGGCUAUUCUCAGUUACAACCGCUCUAUUCCUGGCGGUUAUGAUGAUAAUUGAUAAGUUUACAAACUACAAAAUGAAUGUUGGUUACUUUGGAUUAGGUCUAUCACUGAGUAGCAGUGUUAUUAAAUCAUUCAACAAUUGUUCCUUUUGUUUCGCUAGGUUACAAGUUUUCAUGUGUUCAGUUCGAAGAUUCCAGUGCUUUAUUCCACCUGGCACCAAGUGUGUAUUUGAUAAGUUCCGUAAUGUUCACGAAGAGGAUAUAGUUGUUAAUUCUAGCAAACUUGAGGACCAAGUGAAUAAAAAGAUGCUACUAAAGAAAAGAGCACUUGAAUUCAAAGAAACUAAACCCAACUUAAUAAAGAGGAUUAUGUUUAGGCCAAAAUUCAACAUUAUUGAUAUUUGCAAAUAUCUUCCAUCAGAACAUAAUGGUAUAGUUCUGAAGGAUCUUUGUGUAUAUACCACAUCUCAGAUGAAUAAGGAAGGUCUUAUCCUCAAUAAUAUAAAUGCGUCAACAUCUAGGUCUGAUAUUAUUGGUAUCAUUGGAAGAACUGGAGCUGGUAAGACAACUCUAUUAUCUGUUCUGCAAAAUACCGCAAGGCAUAGAUCUGGUCAAGUAUUGCUGGAUGGCAGAGAUUUACAAGAUAUUCCCAAGAGUGCCAUUAGGCACAUUAUUGGUGUUCUACCUCAACUUCCAUUUGUUUUCAAGGGUUGGACUAUCAGAAGGUUCUUGGAUCCAAGGAGACUAUUUAGUGAUGAUGAAAUUAAUGACGCUCUCCAUAAAUGUGAUCUCCUUGAGUUUGUUAAUAACCUCCAUGGUGGAAGAGAAUUAGAUACUGUGAUUGCUCCUAAACCCCUAAAAUUAAAGACCAAUCACCAAGGAGAAUCCUCUAACAAUGCUAAGGAGCCUUUAUCUGAAGAAAGUACAAUGACGUUAGAUGACCUUAGCUCAGUAGGUACUAUGUUAUCUGUAACUCAGCUAAGAACACUUUGGUUUGCCAAACUAGUAUUAUGCAGACAUCUAUAUAGGAUGUUAAUCAUUGAUGAACCUCCAUCUGAUAAUUGUUCAGAAGACGGAUCUGAGGUUCAAGAUAUUGGCAUACCAAUCUACGAGCUAUUGGACAAAUAUUUCAAACAUUGUACAUGUUUUGUUACAGCACAUUAUGCAAACGUCCUUAAAUCUUGUACAUCAGUUUGGGUAAUGCAUAAUGGUAAACUUAUAAAGACAUGUAAGGCCUCGGAAGUAUCCAAAAAUGAAUCGAUCUCAAACAUCAUAGAGGAGAUUGUCAACAAAUAUUCAAACUAA